CAAUCAUUGAACAGCGGCUCUCUGGCUCCAUCUAGUGGCCAAUUUGAGUAAGUGUAACUUAGACGAGCGCUUCCUCCGUUUUGCCAGAUUCUGAUUCUCUGCCAAGUUGAGUUACACGUCAGUAGGGAACCUGUACUGGUGAGUGGACGUGUACAGUGCGCGUCAGGCAGUUCCCGGAUGCACCAAACAGAAACAUGGAACGGGUAGUGGUGGAGGUGCCGAUCAACAACGGUUUUUCCCUCGCUGGCCCUUCUACAACCCCAAGAAAACGUCAGGUGCGCUUUUCAGCGCGGCAUGACAUCAUCCUUCUGCGGGAAGUUAUUGCUCAGAACCCCUUUGCCUCCAAAGAGCCAGGACGGAUCUGGGCCCGCGUGGGGGAGAUUAUCACAGCAGCACUCCAAGAUGAGAAUUUUGAAGUGGAUGCCAGGAGGUGUAGGGAGAGGACCAUGCUGCUGCUUGACUACUACAAGAAACAAGACUUCCCCAGCUUGCGCAGGUUUGGAACAGAGAGGUUGUACGCCCAAAAGGAGGAUCUGCUCCAUGAGGUUUUGGAGCUGGAGGCUGAGAAGGGGCUCCUGGUCAGUGGCGAGAGCAUAAAGUACCAGGAUGACGAGCUGAGAAAGCGAGCAAUAGAGGAACUAAGCCUUCCGGAGCAGGACAAACCUAACAUCACUAUCACACAAACAACUACUACAGUCACAGCAGAACCAGAAGAAGACCGUGAGGAAAUGGCUGAGCUUUCAGCGGCGCCGACAGCCAAGCGGCCCUGCCAGUGCUGCUGCCAGACCUAUUCUGAGAUCCUCAGCUUCCUGGAGAAACGCUCAGAGGCGGAGCAACGGUUGCGGGAGGAGGAGCUUGCCCUCCGCCGGGAGGAGCUAGAGAUUCAGAGGAGUAAGAUUGCUCUGGAGAGGGAACGUCUGGGAGCUGAGAGAAAAGAAAGGGAACGGAGAUUUGAGUUGGAGAGCCAAGAAAGGCAGGUCAUCUUGGACCUUCUAAAAGAAAAGGUGCUGAAAGGCUGACAGAGAGACACUUCACUUCUUCAGAAGAAAUAGAAGAACAGUGUUGACUGCUAAAAAGAGGAAGGAAAAUAAGGAAACAGGAAGUAAAAAGAUCAAUUGCUGUCGGUUAGUACUUGCAGGUCUUUGACCUAAGAGAUAACCAGUGAAUUGAGGUUUAAAAUAGAGGGCAGUCUUUGUUGAACUUAACAACCAAACAAAUGAGUAAUAUUAUGGGUGUCUGGGUGUGUGCAGGCGUACUGUAUACAGUUUAUUUAACAAAAAGGCAUAAAACUGCUGACAGGGAUUUCAAGGAAGCAAUAUUCGCCUAAAGCAGCUGCACAGAGCUGAUUGAUUAAAUCCCAAAAGACUGUUUUAUUUCACGUGGCACAGUCUGUAUGAGAUUUAAAAACUGUCACAUUUACUGGAGUGUCACCCAAGAAGUGGUAUGCAGAAAAGAGUGCGGUGCGACGUCUGUAGGUGUGGUGAUCCACUGAGCCAAAACUGGAUCAGCUGUGGUCUGUUGCACAAAAGCAGAUAAAUACCUUUUCUUGUGUGAUGCCAACAGCAGGAUGUUUUUAUGAUUCUUUUUCAUUGGAACACCAGUCUUUGUGGUGCCAGAAUGAAAAAACAAAACAAAACAAGAAACACCUAAAAGAAAAGUUGUAUAUCUAAGUUAUUGACAGGAAAGUUGGGGUGCAGCUCGAUCGAUAUAGAAGUCUGAUCAGACUGUUUUUAGUUACUGUGAAUCCAUUGAUUGGUAAGCACUUUUGCACUGCAAAUAUUCACACCAAUACCAGCCGUGAUGUACAGUAUGUGUCCAUAAUAUAUAGAUUAUAUAAAAACUAUUAACAAUAUUUGAUCUGAAAUUACAUUAUGGUAAUAAUGUCAUGUUGUAGGUAUGUUACAGUCAUUUUUCAAUAAGAUCACUAUUAGUCAAAUAACAUUCUUAGUUUAAGUUGUUACAUCUGUGAGGUGUAACAAUAUUACUUAUAUGUUCGUACAUAUUGGCAGGAGUAGUUUUUAUUACAUGUUAAACUCAUUUACAGAGUUUUUUUCUGCUCUUUGAGUAAUUAAAUUAUCCUUCUGUCAUUACAUGACAGUUGCUACUGUGGCCUACUGUAUAUUGUUGCAUUGUUAAAUGUUCUUAAUUAAAAAGCUUAUGUUAUUUUCAUUAAAAGUCGCCACAUUUGCAGAGCUCACUUCAUUUUGCUGCAACACAGCUUACUUUGUAUAAAACGAAUGCAUCUAAACAAUAUUUCUUAACCUAAAAAGUUGAUCAUUUCUAUUCUGCAAAUAAUAAAAUA